UGUCCAGGAAGCAAACCAAACACCCGACAAAUAAUCGUUUGGACAAAUGUUUCAAUUAUUUCUUGGUGUCAAAAGUCAAAUUAAGCUGACAGGGUUUGCCUUUAAAUAUCUGAGGAACAUGUCUACUUAUUCUGGCGCGGAUCUGAAAGAUAACGACAACAGGUCGAUUCACUCUGACAGUGUUGAAGCAGUUCAUAAUGUCCCAAUGGACAUCAUCAUCAGACCGAUUCCUCCUGUUCUGGACGAGGACAAAGUCCAAAGUCUUGUGAAAGCGAUACAGGAUGCAGUUGACAUCGCCAGUGUUCCUCCUAUUGAUGUACUCUGGAUCAAAGGGCGAGAAGGGGGCAAUUACUACUACUCUUUUGGGGGCUGUCACAGGUUUGCUGCUUAUCAGAGGCUGAAAAUGCCGAUGAUACCUGCCAAGAUCGUCAAAUCGACUGUUUCAGACCUCAGAACCUACUUGGGUGCAUCAACACCAGAUCUGCGUUGACUCUGGAUCAGAGACUUGUUCAGCAUUGUACAUGAAGCCCUGAUUGAUGUUGAAGCCAUCCACAACUCACAUCCAGUCCGAUGACAGCUCCUUUUCCUCUUUCCUAGAGGAAGGAAAUGUAGCUGUCAGGUAAACGACACAUUGUGCAUUAUUACGCAGAGACGAAGCUUUUUUUCUUCCUCCACUGCUUUCACAUUGUGAGCUCAGAGCAGCUUGAGGGUCUCCCUCUGUGGACAUUAAGGAAAUGAAGGGAAACCUGGGACAGAUUUUACCCAGCGGCCCAAAAGAACUCUAAAUUUUUCUUCUGAAUCGUCGCGUGUGAGAAGAUUUCCUGUGGCUCGCUCACUGUCUGGGAGUAACUGUAUCCUCAAAGGGUUCUGACAUGCAACACAGGCAUUAAAAAAAAUGAUUGCACCUGUUGCUUUAGUGAGCCGUUUCCACGGGUGGUUCAGCGCGUUUUUAUUUUGGAGGUUUUAAACAGAUCAAGGGGCUUUAGAGGCUAAGAGUAGGAAGUGAUCGUGGUCCUUUUUCAGAGUUCCUGCUGCACUGUUAAUUUUAUACAGUCAUUUAUCUGUAAUGUGUCAUUGCCACAUCAGAAUUCACACCGCUGGUUGAAGUGACUUGUUUUAGGAUUUGUUUUUGUUUGUUUGGGGGGUCACCCCCCCCAAAACAAAAAAAUUUAAAAAUCCUGAUCUUUUCAUCUGAAGUGGUCAUGUUUCCUCGUGGUCUGUAUUUGAUAUGACCAGAAUUUAAUCAAAUCUAAUAUGAAAAUAAAGCACAUUUGACAUGUU